UUGGAUCGGAUCGGAUUGGAUCGGAACGGAACGGAAAAGAUAGUACCGACCGGAUUGUAUGUUUACGUUGCCCAGCGCGCAGUGGAGUUUGCGAGGCGACAUCCGACUUGGUUUAUGCUUCUGUGCGUCGCGUUCUCCAAUGUAAAAAUAAAAUUGCUCCAAUAUGUGUGCGCGAAACGGCUUUUGAAACAUUUUCGAAUAAACCCCGAUCGUGUGAGAAGUGCGAACCAGUGCAAUUGUCAGGGUCUUUGGACUCACGGAUUCGUUACGGUGGUAUUACCGAUUCGAUCGGUUUUCGAACGACAACGAUACCAUAAGCAAUUGAGCAUGAAAGUGGUGUGCUUGAUUUUCGAAUUCCUGACGGUGGUACAACUGCUGGUCGAAGCUCAGUGUGGGCACGUGCAGGAGGCGAAGAGGGAGAUAUGGGACGCAAUGGGUCACCAUGGGCACCGUCACCAUUCGCAUCACGGAUCACAUUGGAUGGACGGUCGGCGGGUGCACCGCCUACGGAUGCCCCACCCACAACGCUGGAGUGGGCGGCGUCGAUCCCUCAAUCACCACCAGCCCUUCAGCCGGUGGUCACAGUGGUCACCAUGCGACGAGGAGUGCGUCAAGCGGCGGGAGCGAUUCUGCAAGGUGAAGCGGAAGUGUGGCCACACCAAGCACGUGGAGCAAAGCAAGUGCCGGCACUGUCUUCCUGCACCUCCUAUAAAGUGGCAACAACCGUUAGUCCUAGAUGAUAGUCACUUCCGCGAGAGGAACCACCCGCUUCCGCAACCACAACCACAACCUCAACCUCAACCGCAGCCACAGCCUUAUCCGCCACCUCCACCGCCUCCGUCAAUAAUCAUAAACGCUGCAGCUGCUGCAUCAAGUGGUCCGACCGUGGAUUAUAGAUAUACCGAGUACAAGCCCCCACCAAUUCUUGCACCAACUUAUCCAGCAGUUUAUGCACCAAGCUAUCCCCCAACUCAUCCACCAACCCACCCUCCAUCUCAUCCUCCAACUCAUCCUCCAACCCAUCCUCCAACUCAUCCACCAACUCAUCCACCAAUUCCACCUCCGACUCCUCACUCAAAAUCGAGAGAGGUGGUUCGUCAUCUGCCGAAAUACCCCGGCAAAGAUAUAUAUAGCGAGGAGGAUGUGGAAGAUGAUCAUGAACCUGACCCCGAAGAAGAUUUGAUAAGCUCCGACGAACAGGGUGACUUCUUUGUGCUAAAACAUCAUCGCCACAGGAGACGGCAGAACCAUGGAAAGCUAUCCCAUAGAAAACCACCAAAGGAUGAUUAUGACGAAGAUGACUUUGUGGACUUUGGCGAAAGAAGGUCUGUUAGAACCAGAAGUAUUGGCGAGGAUAGUAGUGUGGAGGGGGACGUUUUUCAAUACGAGGACUUCGAUAUGCCUGACCCUAACUAUUUGGAUUCUGAGGAAUCAGAGACCGAAUUUCGCAACAUCAGCUGGGUACAGCCACCCAAGGACGGGAUUGCUCUUAGGAGACGAAGGGUCUAUUCCAAGUGGAGUCGAUGGACCAAGUGUUCGCCAAAGUGUACAACAAGGAGAUAUAAAAAAUGCCGAAUCACCGAUCAGUGUGGACGGGAGGUUCUUCGCGAGAUGGCUUACUGCUAUACGGAGGGCAGUUUCUGCCAGCAGUGGCUGCAGACGCAGUUCCAAAAAACCCCGGCCUUCGAGACGAGACCUGGACCCGCGUCACCAGCCAACGCCAUGAGAAGGAUGCAAUCCGAGCAGCCGGAAGUUUCCAUUAAUGACCUUAACUACAUAAUGACUGGAAAGGGCUAUCGGGGACCAGAAUACACACCUCUGAAACUCAACUGCGGAAUCGUUCGCAGCGGAACUGGACGAAGGAGCAUGUCCAACAUGCUGAAGAUCAUCGGUGGACGGGCGGCGAGGAAGGGGGAGUGGCCAUGGCAGGUGGCCAUCCUAAAUCGCUUCAAGGAAGCCUUCUGCGGGGGCACUCUUAUAGCUCCACGAUGGGUUCUAACCGCCGCCCAUUGUGUAAGAAAGGUGCUCUAUGUUCGCAUAGGUGAACAUAACCUGAACUAUGAGGAUGGUACGGAGGUGCAACUUAGGGUAAUGAAGAGUUUUACACAUCCUAACUUUGAUAAGCGUACGGUGGAUAGUGAUGUGGCACUGCUGAGGUUACCCAAGGCGGUAAAUGCCACGACCUGGAUAGGAUACUCCUGUCUGCCGCAGCCUUUCCAGGCGCUACCCAAGAAUGUGGAUUGCACGAUAAUUGGAUGGGGAAAGCGUCGCAAUCGGGAUGCUACUGGAACCAGCGUGCUCCACAAGGCCACUGUUCCCAUUAUACCCAUGCAGAAUUGCCGCAAGGUUUACUAUGACUACACUAUCACUAAGAACAUGUUUUGUGCUGGCCAUCAGAAGGGUCACAUAGAUACUUGUGCUGGAGAUUCGGGAGGUCCUCUCUUAUGUAGGGAUACCACCAAGCCGAACCAUCCGUGGACCAUCUUUGGCAUAACAUCAUUCGGCGAUGGUUGCGCCCAGCGAAAUAAAUUUGGCAUCUACGCGAAGGUGCCCAAUUACGUGGACUGGGUGUGGUCGGUUGUUAACUGCAAUGGCAACUGCAAGAUGCAGUAGCAUCUCGAUGGUUAGUUAGAUGUCGCGGACUUGGGUCCGUCAAGUUGCAGAGGCUGUGAAAAACUAAUUUACACUUUAAGUGUACGAUCCGUGGGAGAAAUCUUCGCUUGAUCACCAUGUCACAAUUCAUCAUGUGCUCAUCUUACGAUCCUAAAAGUAGUUAACUAGAAGUUAAACGGAACAAAGUCGAUUGUAAAUGUAGGCAACCAAAUAUUUAUGUAAUUAAACCCUUAAAAAAUCACCUACUAAUUGAAUUAGAAUUUUCCCUAUUUAUAAUCUUAGUUCUAAUGUACAUAACUAAACUCCCUGUUUUAUGUUAAAAAGCUAUUAAUAAUAUCUAUCAUUAAAUUUUCUCCUAUGACAAAUAUUAUUAAGGUUAAGUGCAAACAGAAAUCUGAGAUGUCGGAUUGAAGAAUAAUCUAAAUUAAUAGUCAUAUAAACUGUAAAUAAUUAAAGUUUUAAUCUAUUAAAAAGUAUGUCUGAAAAAAUAUUAUCUUAAAUGAAUUCUCAUACCA